AUGCCAGUUUGGAUCAACCGAUCAGAAAAUGUCACCGCAGAUAGCCUACACGAUAGUUUGGCUAAUGGAGUAGAGAACGCUGCAGCAGUUUUUUGUUUUUUAACGCCAGAUUAUGAAAGGUCACCAGUUUGUAAACUUGAACUACAAUAUGCACAUAAACGGAGAAAACUACUUAUCCCGUGUUUGUUCGACGACAAAGUAUUCUGGGACGAUUCUUCUUGGUUAAUGACAGUAGUUGGAUCUCUUCACUGUUAUAAUAUCAAUGAUAUUCAGGAUAGGGACAACAUGUAUUUAGAAGAUUUGAUCAAUGAUUUGAACCAAAAACGGUUUUCAUCGAAGCACGUCUUAACAGAAUCACUUGGUCCACCAAAUUAUCUUUUCGAAUUAAUUAAAUACAGAUAUCUAUGUGACAACAAAAUAGAACGCUUAAUGAAUCCAUCGGAAACGUUUCCAAUCGACCAGAUCUAUAUCAAUUUGGCUAUAGUAGAAACGAAAGAAACUCAAGAAAAAGAAAAGAAACUCGAUAAUACUCAGAGCAUUGAUGCAGUUAUGGGUGCAUGCGAGCAAAUUUAUGGAAGUGAAUCUCCAAUUGAUGUCAAAGAUGUUUUCACGAAAUGCAAAGAUCAAAACAGAAAUAUUUUAGUUUUUGGUCGAGCUGGUAUUGGAAAAUCAACAUUUUGUCGAUAUGCUGCUUAUCAAUGGGCAACUGGUGCAAUAUGGUCCGAAUAUGAAUUAGUUGCGCUCGUUCCUUUACGAUCUCUAACAGGACCAAAAUAUCGAGAAGACAAAGAUUAUUCUCUCAUCGACAUUCUGAUAAAUCAAUAUUGCUCUGAUCCAUUCUGGUCAGAUGAACAAAAGAAUAAGCUUGUAGAAAAGCUUGUAGAACAGAUUCGUAGAAGUAAAAUUCUGUGGCUGUUGGAUGGUUAUGAUGAAAUAGCACAAGACCCACCUCGACAUCUCCAAAUCUUACUUGAACAGCUGCGCAAAACUCCGCAUCACAUCAUUACAUCUCGUCCAUAUAUGAAUACAUUAUCGUAUUCGGUGAAGAUGGAAAUUACAGGGUUUACAGAUGAAAACAUUUCCAACUAUAUUAAGCUGUUCUUCGAUCAGUUAGGAAACUCAUCGCGCGAAGAUGAGAGCUUACUCAAUUUUCUCCAGUUGAAUCCUAAGAUUUGGGGUAUUGCACAUAUUCCAAUUAACCUCGAGUUGAUUUGUAGCGUGUGGAGCAAUUUCAAUUGGACGAAAACCCAAACAGUCACCUUGACAGUAUUGUAUGAUAAAUUAACUGAGUGGAUCUGUCGUCGAUACCUAGAGAAGCAAAAAAAAAUCUUAUCCACCGAUCUUAUAUUCAUGGACAAAAAUGAUGUCUAUGAAGAAUGUAAAAUGGAACUGGUGUUCCUAGAAAGGCUCGCUUUCCUCGGAAUGGAAAACAACGUUAUUCUUUUAAGUCCAGCAUUACUCAGGAAUGCGGAAGAAAAGAUAAUCAAGAACUCAUUUGAUCGUAAAAAUUUAUUCAAUUUUGGAAUACUAAAAUCAUACGAUUCAAAUAUUGGUCGUAUUGGGACACACAAUGAAGUACAACAAGACUACUACUUUGUCCAUCUCAGCUUUCAAGAAUAUUUUGCAGCUCGUUACUUAGCAAACGCACUGACCAAUACCACAGGCAAUCAAACAAUUGAGUUUAUUCAGCAGCACAAAUACAAUCCAAGAUAUCAGUUACUCUUUGCAUUUCUAGCUGGGCUACUGAGCGAAACACCAGAUUCUGAAUAUAACAGCAUUUUCUGGAACACAUUAUUUACCGAACCAUCAGAUAUCACCCGCAUGCAACACAUGGCUCUUGUAAUUCCCUGUCUCGAUGAGAUUAACAGCAACAAAACAUUCAUUCAAGCCCAACAAUUAUUCGAAAUGACAACGCGAUGGGUAGAAAAUGCUAUAACGCAUCCAUCCCGGAAUUUACUUUCGUUUGUGACAAGCAUUCUGAGAUCCUGUUACACAAUCUGCAACGCAACACAUAUUCAAGAAGCAAUAGUACGAUUAUUGGACACUAACCAAACCACUAUCAUUUUAAGAACACUCGAAUUUAUAUCGUCAAUUCCACUAAACAAUCCUACCAAUUCGUUAAAGCGCACAGUGCUACAGAAAUUACAGCAUCAAGAUUCGAAUAUAAAACACAAAGCAUUGCAAGCUCUUACUUCCAUGUAUGAAAGAGCAGCGACGAAGGAAAUAAUCGAUGCACUAGUCAACGGACUUUCGGACAACAAUUUUGACGUGAGAGAAGAAGCAUUCCACGCAUUGGAUCGAAUGGCUAAAACAACAGCAGCGAAGCAAGUGAUCGAUGCACUUGUCAACGCACUUUCGGACAACAACUCUAUCAUGAGAGAAGCAGCAUUCCUCGCAUUGAGUCGAAUGGGUAAAAACGGAGCGACGAAGGAAGUGAUCGAUGGACUUCUACAGGCAUUGAAGAGCGACGGUCAUCGUAUGAGAAGUAGUGCAUGUGAAGCACUUGGUCGUAUGGGUCAAAACGAAGCGACGAAGGAAGUGAUCGAUGCACUUGUCAACAGACUUUCGGACGACAAUCCUAACGUGAGACGAAAUGCAUGCCUCGCAUUGUGUCGAAUGGGUCAAAAAGCAGCGACGAAGGAGGUGAUCGAUGCACUUGUCAACAGACUUUCGGACGACAAUUUUGACGUGAGACGGAGUACACGCUUCGCAUUGGAUGGAAUGGCUAAAACAACAGCGGCGAAGCAAGUGAUCGAUGCACUUGUCAACGCACUUUCGGACGACAACCCUAUCAUGAGAGAAGCAGCAUCCCUCGCAUUGAGUCGAAUGGGUAAAAACGGAGCGACGAAGGAAGUGAUCGAUGGACUUCUACAGGCAUUGAAGAGCGACGAUCAUCGUAUGAGAAGUAGUGCAUGUGAAGCACUUGGUCGAAUGGAUCAAAAAGCAGCGACGAAGGAGGUGAUCGAUGCACUUGUCAACGGACUUUCGGACGACAAUUUUGACGUGAGAGAAGAAGCAUUCCACGCAUUGGAUCGAAUGGCUAAAACAAUAGCGGCGAAGCAAGUGAUCGAUGCACUUGUCAAGGCGCUUUCGGACGACGAUUCCAACGUUAGACGGCAUGCAUGCGAGGCACUCGGCCGAAUGCGUGAAACAGCUGCGAGGAAGGAAGUGAUCGAUGCACUUGCGAAGGCACCCUCGGACGACGAUUCUGACAUUGUGGAAAAGCUUGGUAAACCAACUUUCAUUUGGUACGAUCAAUUGAUCCCACAGUUUAGUACUUAUCAAUUUUUAAAGAAUGCACUCUCCAGAAGCUACUGGGAUCUUACAUACAAGCAUGGAGUGCCUCACAACUGUACCAGUGGCGGCUGGCUUAUAGUCGCUAAUACUGAUAUAGAACUGAACUUAUCAAAAGAUAGUAUCGCUCAUACGAAUGUCUUCAACGAUGAAGAUACAUGUGUUCAGUGUAUUCAAGAACACACAGGCGAUCGAAUGUUCUUUGUUGCACCCAACGCAGCAGCUUCUCGUUUAAUACCAAGAAUUUUCAGAGAUUGUCCGAAAGCGUUUCAGGAAGCUAACCACCAGUCUCCGGCUUCAAUUUAUAUACUUUGUUCGAAUUCUUUCGAGACGACAGAAUGGACAAGUCACUACGAAAAAUACAUACAAUUAUUUACGUAUGAAACUAGUCUUUUGAAUAAAUUUAUGCGCGAUGUUGAAGCCUAUUUCUUGGAUCUUGGCGAAAGACAUUCUGUAUAUAACACAUCAGCAUCACUUUCUCAAUCGAUUGCAUUCCUCACAACGGCUAAACAUUUAUUUACUCAAUAUGACAAGCAUGGGCACGCGAAAGUAUAUAGCCAACAUGUGCAACGAAUAGACAGCCGAAUCGUUGAAGUUAAAGAUCAACUUCAGAAAAUAUCAAAAAACAAUAAUGAUGACGGCAUAAAACUCCGUCUUUCACAUUUAGAAGGGGAGGAUCCUGGUACCGAUAGUGCAGAAUAUGUAUCACCGCCUUCUCCUCCAAUUUGUGAUGACAUCGAGGCUUGUUUCCCCACAUCAGACGAUGAGAACAUCGUACUAGCAGCCGUUAGUUCAAUAACAACUUUGCCGUGCAAUGAAAUUAUAACGGAAAGUCAUGACAAUGCUUCAGACAUUCGUAUUGUUCUUAUAAUACCAUCGCAUGGCACGACGAACUCUGAAACCAUUACAUCAUUGCUGAAGAAUGUUUUCGACGAAGACCAAUUGGCGAUUGUAUCUCAGCAGGAAUAUUCUCAACAGUUGGACGAGGCACAAAUAUCUGGAAUCGUUUUCAUAACCUCUGAAGGAGAUGACUCAAUAUUAGAGCACAUAUGCUCGUUGAAUUCCAAGCAUACGAUCUAUGUUCUAGAAGGACAAGCCAAUGAUCCAAAGACGAGACAAGAGUUUUUGACCAAAUAUUCCCGUAUAUCAUUUAUGUCGGAUGAUCCUGAUCAACUGACCAUCAAUAUAAUUAAUGACAUUAUUCUGAAAACUAGAGUUAUGGGAGCACGGUAUGCUGAAAAGCAAGACAAAGCUCGCGCAAAUGAUAUGUACAAUCAUUCGCUUAAACUGCUGAACAGAUUGAAUGACUUUGUCGUGAAUCUAUUCAAACAACGCUUCUUUCAAUAUCAAUCUCUCUUAUAUUUCAUGAAUAUAGUCUAUUUCAUUCUUCUCCAUUCGAGCGGUCGACAACCUUUACUUGAGAGCCACUUUGGCCCUAGAACUACAUGUUUUGAUGAUGUAAACCAAUGUAUUCUUCAUGUAAAUCACCUGAGACAACAAAAUGGCACACAAAUUGAAUUGUUUCUCCCAUCGGCGAACAGUAAUAUCGUUGGAACAUACUUACCUCUUUACGGAAAUAUACGUUUUCACAUAUAUUGCUCUACUACUGAUCAAAUGACACAAUAUCAAGUCCAGUUUCCACAGCGUUAUUAUGUUGAAGUCUUAGAGGAUGCUCACUUAUGGAUUUCUAUUGGUCGUUCAGUGUUAGACUAUGAUAGUUUGCGAAUGUCAAGAAACGAUUAUCCCGCCAUUACAUUGGUAGAAUGGCAGAGAACGCGUGAAAUAAUUGACGAAGAAAUUAGAGCUGCACAACUAGGUAUACAACCUACAUAA